AUGAAACCAAAUGAAGAAGUUAAAAUUGAAACCCAUGAAACCCAUGGAAUAGAAUCUCCACCUCAAGGAAUUGCGGAUGGAACGCAGGACACGAAAUAUGUAGAAGACGUCAACAAGAAGGAUAAGAAAUCUGAUGAGAGGAGAAUUCCGGCACACUGCCAAGAAGAAUGGACUCCGGUCCCAGACGAUUUCAAGGAGCAAAUCAAUCAUAAAGAAAUGGGUCCGAUCACCAUUACAACUCAUAACGUAGCUGAUAAGGAUAUUUUUGUGGAUCAGCAAAUCGAGAAAAAAGUUCGAAUAGGAAAUGUGCAGAUAAAUUAUGAGAUUCUGGUGUAUGAAGUUGGAGUAAAUGCAGAUGUUGUUGAUCUCGAACGAGCCGAAAUUCUGAAAUAUUACGUUUUUCCCGCACUUUUUCGUAGAUCAAAAAAAGUGGCCGAGGAGACGGAAAGCGAGGGAAAUUUGAAUAAGAAAGAGAUGACAAAGGGGAAAAUGACAGAAACUCGACGAAAAUCAAUAGAAAACCAAAAAAAUCAAGAUAACAAAAUCCGGAAACUAAAAUUAUUUUUUAGAUUACUGUAUUUGUCGUUGUGGAACCUUCAUCCAGGUGUUUCUCUCUCUUUUUUUUUCUCCCCGACUCUUCUAUUCUUCUCUAGAAAAAAUAUAUUUUUCGCUAAAAUGUCGUAUCCAGUACAUCCAUCGUACGGUCCUAAUGGAAGCCAAGUGUUCACACAACAACCGUAUCCAAACCAGCAGCCGAUUAUCAUUUACCAACAACAACCCGGAUACCAUCAGCAACAACAACAACGUGAUAAUUCGUGUUGCUGCGAGUGCUGUGCAUGCUGCCAAUGCUGUCUAAUGUGCUGUGCGUGCAGUUAUCUGCUCACAUGUUGGGCGGAGCUUUGCUGCUCAAUUCUUGACUAA